UAUUUCCCAACCAUCUAGACUUCCCUAUUACUGGUGCUAUACUAGACUCAUACUCACGGAGCAGCGGUCACAUAAUCGAUCUUUAUGACGAAGGCUCUGAAAUAACCUUCUAUCCCAGCUACGCAUAUUCUCCAUUGGGUGUAAAUUUGAGGCUUAAAAUCCUCUGUUAAGCGUGGUGGUUGCACCAAAAUAUCCCACCCCGAAGCUUGCUUCGAGAUCGUGUCCCGUGCAUAAAAACCAGGGUCAAAACCGGGUUGGUGUCACUUCUUCUGUGGCAUUGCUCCCUCGACUGCAGCAUGAAGUCAUUUGGAACACACGUCUACAGCUGGCAAAGGAGAAAAUGCUCGCUAAAGGUAGAUGUUGUCACCAAGUCGAAUACCUAUCAAAGGCCUGUGACAUCGAGACCUUUGCAUAUCUAGCAACAGUCGGCGUGUCUAAGAAUCGGCUUGUUGAUCAUCAACAGUGCUUCCAGUACCCAACUUGCGUUGCCUAUAAUACCGACCUCGAUACGUAUACGACUCGGCAUACCAAUGCCGACUGUAUUUUUUCCAUGGUUUCAACACCGUACAAGGAACUCACUGAUCUCAUUAGUCAAGGAAAGACACCACUCAUUUCAAUUGAAAAGGGAACAGACUUAAACACCAGACCCCGACUACGGGUCUUCUCUCGUUCUAAAAAUUCCGAAUACAUUGCUAUUAGCCAUGUCUGCGCAGAUGGGCUCGGAAACCCCAAAGAGAAUGCCCUGCCUCUGUGCCAGGUGUUACAGUACAGUACUAUAUAGUGAGUGCAGAGACGUCAAGCCCUCGACUUGAUA